ACGGCUAGCUCUGCUUGCUGUGGUUUAGUAGUGAUUUUCUUAUUUCAUUGUGUAUUUCCUUUUUAUAAACCAAAGUGCGGAAAAGACUCUUCGUAAAAUUUAAACUUCAAAUAUUAUAGGAAGCAAGGCUUGAAAUACGAGCAUUCUUGUCAAUUUGGUUUUUGUUUUGUCAGGAGACCCGGCGUGUCGUCUGUAAUGUGACGGAGUAAAAGAAAUGAAUAAUUUCGGCUAAAAAUUGUUUGUUUAUACUAUCACAAAUACAAUUAGUAUUUCUAAGUUACUCUGAUAUGGGUCGAAAUAGCAAAGAUAGUAAAAAAAGCAAAAAGAAAUUUUUCAAGAAAAGUGGUUUUGAAGAAGAUCCUGCAGAUGAUGACACUGAAACUGAUAUCAUUCCAGCUGCAGCUAGUCAGCAAAUUGCUGAAGGGACCCAAGAAGAUGAAUUUGGGGCAAAAGAUUAUCGUAGUUUAAUGGAAUUACGCUUGGAUCAUGAAGCAAGACCAUUAUGGGUGGCACCAGAUGGCCAUAUUUUCUUAGAAGCUUUUUCACCUGUAUAUAAGCAUGCUCAUGACUUCUUGAUAGCAAUUUCGGAGCCUGUUUGUCGGCCAGAACAUAUACAUGAAUAUCGCCUUACAGCUUACUCUUUAUAUGCAGCAGUUUCUGUUGGUCUUCAGACAAAUGACAUUAUUGAAUAUUUAAGGAGACUAAGUAAAACCAGUAUUCCCGAUGGAAUUAUAGAAUUUAUUAAGUUGUGUACAGUUAGUUAUGGGAAAAUCAAGCUUGUUUUAAAGCAUAAUAAGUAUUUCAUUGAAAGUCCAUUUCCUGAUGUUUUGCAAAAACUUCUGAAGGAUCAUGUUAUUCAAGAAUGUCGUUUGAAGCAUACUGAAAAUGAAAUUUCUACAUUAACUACAGGUCAAAAUAGUCAGUCUGAAAAGGCAAAUGGUAAAGAUGCCCCUGGUUCAAGUAAAACUGCAGAUAAAAUUUCAGAAAAGGGUGAUGAUGUUCCAGAUGAUAUCUUUAAUUUUUAUGAAAAGCUUGAAAGAGAAGAUGAAGAAAAAGAAGAUCUUCAGACUGUAUCUGUUGAAAUAAAUCAAGAAAAGAUUGAAAUACUGCAGAAACGAUGCAUUGAACUGGAAUAUCCGUUGUUAGCAGAAUAUGAUUUUAAAAAUGAUACCGUAAACCCUGAUGUAAAUUUAGAUUUGAGACCUUUAGCCAUAUUGCGUCCAUAUCAAGAAAAAAGUCUAAGGAAAAUGUUUGGAAAUGGAAGAGCAAGAUCUGGAAUAAUUGUUUUGCCUUGUGGUGCUGGAAAAUCUCUAGUUGGAGUUACUGCAUGUUGUACUGUGAGAAAACGAUGUCUAGUCCUAUGUAACUCUGGUGUAUCUGUUGAACAAUGGAAAACACAAUUCAAAAUGUGGUCUACUGCUGAUGACAGCAUGAUUUGCAGAUUUACAUCAGAUGCUAAAGAUAAGCCAAUGGGUUGUGGAAUAUGCAUAACUACUUAUUCUAUGAUUACACAUACCCAGAAGAGAUCAUGGGAAGCAGAGCAAGUAAUGAAUUGGUUGAAAGAACAAGAAUGGGGACUUAUGCUUUUAGAUGAAGUCCACACAAUCCCAGCAAAAAUGUUUCGCAGAGUUUUAACUAUUGUCCAAGCACACUGCAAACUGGGAUUAACCGCUACCUUAGUGCGAGAAGAUGACAAAAUUCAGGAUUUAAACUUCUUGAUUGGUCCUAAAUUGUAUGAAGCAAAUUGGCUAGAACUGCAGAACAAUGGAUACAUUGCUAAAGUACAGUGUGCAGAGGUUUGGUGCCCCAUGAGCCCAGAGUUUUAUAGGGAAUAUUUGAUUGCCAAGGCAGCAAAAAAACUACUCCUCUUUGUGAUGAAUCCUAAUAAAUUUAGAAGUUGCCAAUUUCUCAUUAGAUAUCAUGAAGUAAGAAGUGACAAAGUAAUUGUGUUUUCGGAUAAUGUCUUUGCUCUGAAACAUUAUGCUAUUAAAAUGAACAGGCCUUAUAUUUAUGGACCCACAUCUCAAGCAGAGCGAAUGCAGAUCUUGCAGAAUUUUAAAUAUAAUCCAAAAGUAAACACAAUAUUUGUUUCAAAAGUUGCUGAUACUUCUUUUGACUUACCAGAAGCUAAUGUACUUAUCCAGAUAUCUAGUCAUGGUGGUUCAAGACGUCAAGAAGCUCAGCGUCUUGGAAGAAUCUUGCGUGCUAAGAAAGGUGCUUUUGCUGAAGAAUAUAAUGCUUUUUUUUACACUUUGGUGUCACAAGACACUAUGGAAAUGCAUUAUUCUAGAAAACGUCAAAGAUUUUUAGUAAACCAAGGUUACAGUUACAAAGUCAUCACCAAAUUACUUGGAAUGGAUGAGCAAGAAGAUUUGGCCUAUAAGACAAGAGAAGAACAAACCCAGUUAUUGCAACAAGUACUUGCGGCCAAUGAUGCUGAUGCAGAAGAUGAAAAAAUUCCUGCUGAAUUUUCUGGUGGAAAAUCCACACCACAGGCAUCUCGUCGUGUCGGGAGUAUGAGUUCAUUGUCUGGGGCAGAUGAUGCGGUAUACAUGGAAUACAGGAUGAAAAGAGAAGGCAGUAGACAUCCUCUUUUCAAAAGAUUUAGAAAAUAAAGUUGCUAACUUUUGUAUCAUAUAUUUGAAUAAAAUGUUUUUAUUGA